UUUUUUGCAGUGUCUUUUUAAGAGCAUCUAAGCACACACACAUAAAAAGCUAGAAGGCAUGCAUUCCGGAGUUAUUCCUAUGCAUAUCCCUGCAAUAAUUUUCCGCUUUCCUUCGAUAAAAUUGCCAAAUAAUAAUGAAUCAUUUCAUAAAUAAUGGGUUUAGAAGCUUAUCAGGGCAGGCGGGCCACUGCUGGGGUUUUAUCUCUCUCGGCCACAUUGCAGUAGUGUUCCGCUCUCCAUACUAAAUAGGAAACUGGACGUGAUGUGGAAUUAGAGCCUACCCAGCUGAAGCCACCCAACACUUACUACAAAUAUAGCCACGAUGCGUAGGCCACAAAAUGGCUCCACUCACUUUUCCCAAUGAAAAGCAAAUGGAUUUAGCAGUUUUAUCCCGAUGCGGGUGUCCUUCCUCUCUGUAAAGUCGUAAGUACCUUGAGGUGGGAGGAGUAAAUUCAGCCUGACACUGAGAGCGCUUUUGUUGAAACAGGAGAGACUUGCGGUGUCCCUACUUAAAUAUGACACAUGACGAUGGACAGGCCGCCCGCCCCGCCGCCCCCCAGUGACCCCCGCGAUGCCCGCCCCCCCCGGCGGCACGACUCGGAAGCGGAGACCACGAGCGAGCCGGAGAGCAGCCGCGGGGGCAUGGAGGCGCCGGCGGACCCCCAGCUGCUGCUCAACGGGGCGUCCAAGGAGGCGGGCCGGCCCUCCCCCGGGCCCCCCGCCGCCCCUGUGCCCGUCAUCGAGCUGGUGCGCCGGGGGGGCUCCCUGGACAUAAAAGGCCGGGAGGCGGCGGGAGAGGCGAUGCAGAGAGCGCCGGGUGCCGAGCCGUGCCGCGCCGCAGAGGCCGCCUGCGAGGCCCGCAUGGUGCAGCUGAGUCCCCCCGCGCUCCCGCUGCAGCCCCACGGCAGGGCCAUGCUCUACAACCUGGGCCAGCCGCUGGCCACCAUCAACAGCGGGUUUUUCGGCGAACCGGACUCCUUCUCCAUGUACGGCAGCAACCGGGUGAAGCGAAGACCGUCUCCGUACGAGAUGGAGAUCACCGACGGUCCUCACACGAAGGUGGUUCGCCGCAUUUUUACCAACAGCCGGGAGAGGUGGAGACAGCAGAACGUCAACGGAGCCUUCGCAGAGCUCCGCAAGCUCAUCCCCACCCACCCGCCCGACAAAAAACUGAGCAAGAACGAGAUCUUGCGCCUGGCUAUGAAGUACAUCAACUUCCUGGCCAAGCUGCUCAACGACCAGGAGGAAGAAGGAAACCAAAGGGGCAAAGUGAACAAAGACUCUGGGAUAGUCCAGGAAGACCUCCUGCAGGACAUGUUGUCUCCAAACUCUAGCUGUGGAAGUUCUUUAGACGGAGCGGCGAGCCCGGACAGCUUCACGGAAGAGCACGAAGCGCUGGACUCGAAGCACACGCGGAGCCUGCACCACGCCAUCCUCCCCGUAGAAGGCAACGCGCAGCGGUGAUGACCUUGGCGCUGCUCCCGAAGCACCGAGGGGGAGAGGCAAGGCCCGAGCGUGAGGAUGCUGGAACUUGUGCUCGCGGGAUCUGUGACUCUGCCUUUCCCCGGGAGCUCGGGCUCCCCACUCUCCCCAGCCCGGGGCGGAGCGGCCGGAACGUUGGCUGAGGACGAGACCAACCCAGACGGACGUUCAGUAUUUAGGUACGUGAUCGUACAAAGAAGAAAAGCAUUGAAGUCAUCUUCAUUGUACAUACUGCUCGUGACGUGACCCUGAGGAGGGGGAGGAGACGUGGCCAGCGCCUCUCCAGCAUUUAGAGGGCUUUCAGACCAUUUGAUGACCACUGCUUUUUAAACAGUCGCCUGCUUGAGGCAUGAAACUCCUCUUUCACUGCUGGCAGAGGCCACUGAUGCUUUCCUGCUCCACGUGGUGCUGGAGACUGCUGCAUGAUGCCAGUGCAGCACUUCUCCAGCCUGUGGCACACACAGCUGGUCUGAACAGGAGCUGGGACCACGUGUUCCUGUUGUCCGAGAGCUUUUGUCUGUAUCUUUUUAAAGAGGUGAAAAAAUACCCUCAGCAAAAGAACUAUUAAAAGGAUUAAGACUA